AUGCAACCACCUAACUCUACGGGAGAAUGGACCGAAAUUCAUUGCGAUUGGUUCGAAGAGAUGCAAAAUUAUCAAAAUAGUCUCUACAAAAUCAAUUUCGAUGGAUCGCCAAUCGUUCCAAUGUAUGGACUUGUUUGCUCAUUUGGAGCGCUCGCCAACUUUAUUGUCCUUCUCGCAUUCGCCAGAACUGCGAACUUGAGAAAUUUGAGAAACAGUUUCAUUGUCAAUUUGGCAUUCUCUGAUCUGAUACUUUGUGUGGUCACGGCUCCUGUCACACUUUAUACUAGCCUUAAUUUAUUCUGGCCAUUUGGAGACUGGUCUUGUAAAUUUCUCGCCGGUGUCCAGGCAGUAAACACAUUUGUCUCCUCCCUGACCCUUGCUUUCAUUGCAAUGGAUCGUGUUCUUCUGACAUUGUGUCCAGUCCGAUGGCGAUUAGCUGCCACCGCUCCACUUCUGUGCUACGUUUUCGUAUGGAUCAUUUCCAUUAUGGUCGCGUUACCGUAUGCACUAGCAGUCAGCUCGAAACUUGCUCCAUUUGAUCCAUGGAGUGAUCGUGCAACACCGAAGAUGCUAACCUACUGUAAUCGCGAAGUUCCUGAAAUCUGUGCCGAAAUGCAAGAAGCAUGGGACAACGCUAUCGUUUCCAAAACCACAUACACAUUUGUGGUUCUUGCCAUCCAAUACAUUCUUCCACUCGUUGCAUUGGCAUUCGCCUAUUUCCAAAUCGGCUCAACUAUUCAGAAGAGAUCGAAAGUGUCACGAACGGUAGAUACAACUAGAAGAAUGCAAAUGCAGAACCGUAAUAGAAGAGCUCUCCUUUUGCUGUUCUUGUUGGUCCUCACCUAUGCAGUCUGCUGGGCUCCGAUGAAUAUUUAUCAUGUUUUGAAUGGUUUGGAAAUCAUCAACUACUCUCAAAAUAUGUACAUCUUCUGUCACCUAGUCGGAAUCUCCUCAACCUGUGUUAAUCCAAUUGUCUAUGCUCUAGUCAACGAGUCGUUUAGAAACGCUUUGCAAUCCAUGAUUCUCCAAUUCCGUCCAUGUUAUGUAACCACUACGGGUACAGCUGCCACUAACGUGUACGCUUAUUCCGCCACAUCCAAAGCUGAAAAUGUCACUUUGAUGCGCGACCCAUUCUCAACUACUACACGUCCAAACGAACGCGGUGAUAAUGUUUAA